UACUGCUGUACUGUACCAUUACGGAACCCACGGUCAGUGGUUAGGAUGGAUUCAAACUACUUAUAUCGGUUUAUGCAGUAAUGUCAAUAUUCAUAUUUUAGCUUGGGAGCCCAGCUGUAUAAAUUAUUAAGCUUUGUCCUAUAGAAUGUUUAUUUUUUCUUUUAAAUUGAAUCUUGAAAAAUACUAAAAGGCAAUUAUGGUGGAUGAUGCAGAAGCCCAAAAUGAUGAACUGAUUGCUCUUGAAAGCAUAUUUGAAGACCAGGAUAUUUUAAAGAGCGAAACCGUGAAUGACUGCGGUACAAUUUUCAAAUCUGGGAAGUUGACAAUCCAACCAAAUAUUGAAAAUUCUCCAAUUAAUUUUACCUGCAAAUACGCCCAAAGGAAUGAGAGUUCGAGUAAUGAUAUUUCAGCUGCCGGUAUAGCUCCUGUGGACUCGACCCAUCAGAUUUCAUAUCUUCCACCUGUGAACUUAAAUUUUAUUUUUCCAAGCGACUACCCGUCAACAAAUCCUCCAAAAAUAACUUUGACUUGCGUCUGGCUGGAUCGAUCCCAACUGUCUAAUGUUUGUAAAAAAUUGGAUGAAAUUUGGGAGGAACAGCAAGGGCAAGAGAUUCUUUACACAUGGCUUCAAUUCUUGCAGGAAGACUUGCUAAAUUUUCUUGGGCUUGCUGAGGAGAUUUUAAUCAACCAAGAGAAAAUGAAUGAAAAAAGGAAAAUGAAAGAAUUGGAUCACAGGGUAAUGCAAGACGUCGGAAGAUUUUCGGACAUUUUGCCUUUCGUUUUGGAAUAUGAUGAAAUGCAAACGAAAAAAGCCUUCAAUAAUACAAUUUUUGACUGUAAUGUUUGUUUUUCAGAAAAAUAUGGAAAAAAUUGUAUUCAAUUUAAGGACUGUGGGCAUGUCUAUUGUGUAGACUGUAUAAAGUCUUAUUUUGAUCUCCAAAUCAAGGAAGGGAACAUGAAAGCAUUAAUUUGCCCUGAACAUAAGUGCGAUUCUCAAGCAUACCCUGCUCAAAUUAAAGAACUGGUCAGCAAUGAAGACUUUGAACGAUAUGAGAAAAUGUUAUUUCAAACGACCUUAGAUACUAUGAAUGACAUAAUGUAUUGUCCGAGAAAAUCUUGCCAAAGUCCAGUUGUUGUUGAACCUGAUGAAACAAUCGGGAUUUGUUCCGUCUGUACGUUUUCUUUUUGCCCCUUUUGUAAAUUAGCGUAUCACGGAAUUGAGCCUUGUAGGCUCAAACAAUCUGCACUUCGGGAUGUUUGCGAAAAGUAUAAAGACGGAGACGACAAAACAAGAAAAGAACUUGAAACAAAAUACGGUUCAAAAAUUUUACGAUUAACCAUGCAAAAUCUAGAGAGCGAGAAAUGGUUAACAGACAACUCUAAAAAUUGUCCAGGAUGCGGCGCUGCAAUAGAAAAGAAAGAUGGUUGUAAUAAAAUGACUUGCUAUAAAUGUAAAUGCUAUUUUUGCUGGCUAUGCAUGAGGAGCCUCAGUUUAGCAAAUCCAUAUGAUCAUUAUAACACUAUGAACAGCAGGUGCUUUAAUAAAUUGUUCCAGGGUGUCGAUAUGAAUGAUGAUUUGCCAGAUGAUAUGGACUGGUUUUGGUAACACUUUGGUACUUUAUGGGAAGCUCAAGAAUAUUUGGUGCUACUAUCGCGUUAGGUCUCCCACCUAAAUGCAGCAAAAUGAACAAGAAAUUGUCAUAGUAAAAUUUGCUGUUCAAUUUAGGCAAUAUAUGGCUGUAGACCUUGCACCACAGUGGCACUGAAUAUUUGGUACUCCCGAAGUAUGUGAACCAAGAUGGCGGACACCAGAAUGUAGGGUUAGGCCAUAAUUCUAUUCCAAUUUUCCUUACUAUAGUCCUAUCCUAUAGUGACUAUCAUAGUAUUUGUACCUGAAAUUAUGGCCUAACCUGGUACACAUACUCCAGUGUCCGCCAUCUUGGUUGGUUUAUUUAUAGUGUAGAAAAAUUGUGAUAUUCUUCAGAAUCUAUUUAUCUUUUGUUUGAAUAAUGAAUUAGAACUAUCAGUAUUGUAUUGCUUCAUUUAGCUGUUUAAAUCGAUUUAUUUAGAACUUCGCCAUAAAAGUUCAACAGAUUGUCAUGGAAUCAAAAUGUAUUAAUAUUUGUGUGUCGCUUGCUAUCGAUAAAAAUGUUUUUAAUGUGGCCUUUGAACAACUCAUUUCAAUCGUAGUGAUGGAUUUUAUACUUGGAAAAAAUUCUGAUAAAUUUUCCAUUCACUUGGUUAACGGGACGAUGGGCAUAAUAAGUAUUUAUUUAGCCUGAGGGAGAGGAGAAUCAUUAAGACUGUUUAAUCAUAUUGCAAACCAUGACUGAUAGCUCAAGUAAUCAACACCCCCUCCCGUCAAUUGGUUGCAACUAAUUCCUGCACUUAUUUUACCUCUUUAGUUAUUUAUUUAAUGUAGUGCUUAUUCAGUCAAUAAAUAUCUCUGACUUGGCUAGUA